AACAUGGGCUUGAGUCCCUUUGGACCACAGCGUGGCCCCAGUCCCUCCCCUUCCUGGCCAGAUGGAUCAGUGGGAAUGGAGCAUGGUGCGCAGGCCAACCGGGGAAGGCGUCAGUUUGGCAGCCCCCUGGAUGACCUCCUAGUGCCCCCUAGCAGCGGUGAGGGCCAGAGUGAUGAGCGAGCUCUUCUGGACCAGUUGGACUGUCUUCUGAGUAACACAGAUGUGAUGGCGCUGGAGGAGAUUGACCGUGCGCUGGGCAUCCCCGACCUCGUCAGCCAGGGUCAAGGGUCCGAACAGCCACUGGAGCCCUUCCCUGGCCAGGAGUCGCCUGCAGUGAUGGAACAGAAGCCGCCAUACGGCCCGGGCUACCCAGGCGGCCCUGGAAUGGCCAUGCAGGCCGCCUACGGGGGCGGCCCGGCGCCCGGCCAGCCGCAGGGUUUCGGGCCGGGCAUGGGCGGCAUGGCAGGGCAGGGUGGCUUCCCCGGGGCAGGCGUGCCCCCCCGUGCUGGCAUGAUACGGCCUCGCAUGAUGAGUGCCACAAAGCCAAUGCGCCUGCAACUGCAGCAGAGACUGCAGGGACAGCAGUUCAUGAACCAGACCCGGCAAGGCCUGGCCAUGAAGAUGGAGGGCCCCACCACAGGAGGCCCCGGGCUCCGGGCCGGCAUGCAGCCCGGCAUGGGCGGCCAGGCCGGCUUCCUGAAUGCGCAGAUGGUGGCGCAGAGGAACAGGGAGAUGUUAAACAUGCAGCUGCGCAGACAGAGGAUGAUGAUGCUCAUGCAGCAACAGCAGCAACAACAGCAGCAGCAGGCCGCCGUCGCAGGGGGGUUCAGUCCCCCACCCAACGUCACAGCCCCCCCAGGGAUGGACCACCCCAUGGCGGGGCCCCCUAUGAAUCAACCGGGGCAGCAGCAGCAACAGCCACCCUACCCAUAUGGAGGAAACUAUGGUAUGAGCCAGCAGGGGGAGCCGUCGUUCGCCCAGUCGGCAGGCAGCCCACCUGGGAACAUGAUGCCUGGCCACAUGGGUCCUGGGCAGAACCCCAUGAUGCAGCAGCACCCCCAGGGAGGCUCCAUAUACCAGGCAGCUGACAUGAAGGGCUGGCCACCGCAGGGGGGCAUGGUCCGCAGCAAGUAGGUAUCGCGGUGUGGCCACGGUGCCCCCUGCUUUAAGGUCCUACCAGAGAAGAAGCCUCACUUGAGGAAAAUCCCCCUUUUGUUCCACAUGCUCUGUUACAUAUCUUGGGCUCAGUGUUUAUACAGCAGCAGUUCAGUUACCUUUGUGGUACAUGGGGAAAUAGUGUGUGUCUGUGUGUAUUUACCCAUAUACCUCCCAUUAAUUUUUUAAAUUAUAUUCAUUAAUUUCCUUAUAUCCUUCCCAGGUUGUCCUUCAUGUGCUGUGUACUUUUUAAAUUGGUUUGCACUGUGUGUACUUUGGUCUUUGCACUUUGUUCUGCAUGCCAUGUCUGUUUCUCUGCACUUUAAGUGCCUCGCUGCUGUUUGUGCCAGAAGUCCC